CCACUCUCACCACAUUCUAAAAUGUGAAAUAAAAAAGAAGACAUAACUCGUUGACAGAUGGCUGAAGGCAGCAAAAGUGUAAACAAUAAUAAAGGGGACGCAACGAAGGUUUUAGCAAACCAUGAAAAAACUGGAAGCCGGAGCAAGUCACUAGAGCAGAAGGCAGUUGACGAAAUUCUCCGCGAAAUAAAGCUGAAAUCAAUUCGAGCGGAGGCGGUUGGUCCGUCCGGUUGGCUGGACGCCCCUGUAAAACGUACAAAUAAGAGAUUCCUUGGGAAUACUUUGAAAGCUGCUGUGAAGCACAACACUCGCAAGGCGGACAGGGAGAAGUUCCAGUCGGAGAAGAAACUGCUCGAGAUGGACUAUGACAAACAUCCGUCGAGAAGACCGAAAUUUGGUGACCGCAAAUUCAUCUUCAAGAAACCCAGCAGUGCGAACGAUUCUAAGCAAAAGUAGUACCUGAAUUAUUCUCUUUAUUAAUUGUGUUUAUGAAUAGAAACUAUACAAAUGUCUACCUUA